UUUAAAUAAAGGAGUCAAAGAUAAUUUUGUUGUUUUAUUGUCAGUAAAAUGCUUACCAGUGUUUGUGUGCUGUUGGCGAGACGGCUGUUUCGUCCUGUACAGAUUGAUAUACAUAAUAUCCGAAACAUAAAUACAAGCCGACAGACACUAAGUUCUUUCUACGAAAGCGAUAGGAAAAGCGGCUACACGAAAUCGGAUAAGAAAGUUUCGCGUCUAGAGCUUAUUCGCAAUGGACUUAAAGAACUUAAAAAGGAAAUAUUUAUUUGGAAAGAUGAAAUUAAAGAGAAAUUGGAAUCUGAUCCGAUCCUUAUAUACAGACCAGGAGAAACAGAUAUCUUAUGGAAAUUUGACUCACCACAUAUCUUGCAUCAGUGGGUUACGACAGCUGAUAGUGAUCACAAAGAAGGGUAUAGUAAAUGUGAUUUGAACAUCAGUGCUGAUGGGACAGCAGUCUUCUCAGGUUCUCUCAGUUGUGAAGUACCAAAAGACGGUCGAAUAAAGAAGUCUGGAUAUUGCAAUAUGAAAUCAGUGCGCCCGCAGAAAUCAUUUAAAAGGGAUGCAUACUACAACUGGUGCAUGUACACGCAUUUAGUACUGAAAGUGCGAGGUGAUGGACGUACUUAUAUUUUAAACUUAUCUACUGCUGGGUACUAUGACAUAAUGUGGAAUGACAUGUACACAUAUGUCUUACACACUCGUGGUGGCCCAUAUUGGCAGCUUACAAAGAUACCUUUUUCAAAGUUCAUUCUUGCAAGCAAAGGACGUCUGCAAGACAAGCAAUGCCCUAUUCCACUGGACAAAGUUACAAAUGUGGGAAUAUCUCUUGGAGACAAAAUUAAUGGUCCUUUCAGUUUGGAAUUGGAUUAUAUAGGUUUGGAGUUCGACCCAUCACACACAGAAGAAUUUGCUUAUGAAAUGUAUCAAACUCCUAAAUUUCUUGUAGGUUCAUAAUAGGUGUUUUUUCAAUAAAAAAAAUUUAAAUGUGUGCAACCUUUGGCCUUUGUGUCAGUGUGUCCGCAGCUUGUGGUCUCACGGUUGUGUUCUCGCUUCCCGAGCACGGGGUCCAGGGUGCGAUUCCCAGCGGGGUAAGGGAUUUUCACCUACCUCAAGAUGACUGGGUGUUUGUGUUGUCAUCAUCAUUUCAUUAUCAUUCAUGAAAGUGGCGAGAUUGGACUGAGCAAAGGUUGGGAAUUUGCACGGGUGCUGAUAACCGUGCAGUUGAGUGCCUCACAAACCAAUCAUCAUCCUCAUUGUGUCUGUGUAGAAAAUAUUGUGCUGUGUUGUACCUUGUUCAAAAACAAAUUGAGGUAUUCAUGUACUCAAGGCAAAUGAAAAAAAAAAGACACUAAAUAA